CUCAAAGGGCAAAAGGAAAAACAGCAAAAAAGGAAGAUGGCAAGACUGUUGUUACUUUUCCUCCCAGGUCUUGUGGCCGUAUGUGCCGUGCAUGGAAUAUUUAUGGACAGACUUGCUUCCAGGAAGCUGUGUGCAGAUGACGAGUGUGUCUAUACUAUUUCUCUGGCCCGAGCUCAAGAAGAUUACAGUGCCCCAGACUGCAGAUUCAUUAACGUUAAAAAAGGGCAGUGGAUCUAUGUUUACUCAAAGCUGGUAAAAGAAAAUGAAGCUGGAGAAUUUUGGGCUGGCAGUGUUUAUGGCGAUCAACCUGAGGACGAGAUGGGAACUGUGGGUUAUUUCCCCAGCAACUUGGUCCAGGAGCAACAUGUGUACCAAGAAGCCACCAAGGAAGUUCCCACCACGGAUAUUGACUUCUUCUGCGAGUAAGAAGUUAGACAAAUUUGCAGAUAGAAAGGAAACACCAAAAACAAAGAAAAAAGCAAAAAUAACCAAAAAA